AUGAGUACGGACGCUGAGAUGUCUAUUUUCGGGGAGGCUGCCCCAUAUUUGAGAAAGACAGAGAAAGAGAGGAUUGAAGCACAGAGUCGGCCGUUUGAUGGGAAAACUGCCUGUUUUGUGUCUGAUGACAAAGAGCUGUAUGCGAAAGGUACCAUUCAGAGCAAAGAGGACGGCAAAGCCACUGUGGAGACGGAGGAUGGCAGGACUAUUACAGUUAAGGAAGACCAAGUAUUCCCGAUGAACCCCCCAAAGUUUGAUAAGAUUGAGGACAUGGCCAUGAUGACCCACCUUAACGAGCCCUGUGUGCUUUUUAAUCUCAAAGAGCGCUAUGCUGCAUGGAUGAUCUACACGUACUCUGGGCUGUUCUGUGUCACUGUAAACCCUUAUAAGUGGCUGCCUGUCUACAACCCUGAGGUGGUGACAGCAUACAGAGGAAAAAAGCGUAUGGAGGUCCCUCCUCAUAUUUUUGCCCUGUCUGAUAACGCCUAUCAGUUUAUGCUCACAGAUCGAGAGAAUCAGUCCAUUCUUAUCACUGGAGAAUCCGGUGCAGGGAAGACAGUGAACACCAAGCGUGUAAUCCAGUACUUUGCGACAAUCGCAGUGUCUGGUGAGAAGAAGAAGGAAUCAGCCAGCAAGAUGAAGGGAACUCUGGAAGAUCAAAUCAUCCAGGCCAACCCUCUGCUGGAGGCAUUUGGAAAUGCCAAAACAGUGAGGAAUGACAACUCCUCUCGCUUUGGUAAAUUUAUCCGUAUACACUUUGGAACAACAGGAAAGCUGGCAUCAGCCGAUAUUGAAACUUAUCUCCUGGAGAAAUCUAGGGUGACAUUUCAGUUGGCUGCAGAGAGGAGCUAUCAUAUAUUUUAUCAGCUGACAUGCAACAGGAAACCAGAGCUUAUAGAUAUGCUUCUUAUCACCACCAAUCCAUAUGACUUUGCCUUCAUCAGUCAGGGUGAAAUUGCUGUUAAGAGCAUAGAUGAUGCUGAGGAGCUCAUGGCGACUGAUGAGGCCAUUGAUAUUCUUGGCUUCACUUCAGAGGAGAAGGUUGGCAUCUAUAAGCUGACAGGAGCUGUGAUGCACUAUGGAAACAUGAAGUUUAAGCAGAAACAGAGGGAGGAGCAGGCAGAGCCCGAUGGCACUGAGGAGGCAGACAAAGCUGCUUAUCUUAUGGGACUGAACUCAGCUGACCUUCUCAAAAACCUCUGUAAUCCCAGAGUCAAAGUUGGGAAUGAGUAUGUAACUAAGGGCCAGAAUGUACAACAGGUGUACAAUUCAAUUGGUGCUUUGGCUAAGUCUGUCUAUGAGAAGAUGUUCUUGUGGAUGGUCAUCCGUAUUAACCAGCAACUGGACACUAAACAGCAGAGGCAGCAUUUCAUUGGUGUACUUGACAUAGCAGGGUUUGAAAUUUUUGAUUUCAACACGCUGGAACAGCUGUGUAUUAACUUCACUAAUGAGAAGCUGCAACAGUUUUUCAACCACCAUAUGUUUGUGCUGGAGCAAGAGGAGUAUAAGAAAGAGGGCAUUGAAUGGGAGUUCAUAGACUUUGGUAUGGAUCUGGCUGCCUGUAUUGAGCUGAUUGAGAAGCCAAUGGGCAUCUUCUCAAUCCUUGAAGAGGAGUGUAUGUUCCCCAAGUCCACAGACACUUCCUUCAAGAACAAGCUCUAUGACCAACACCUGGGUAAAAAUAACUGCUUCCUGAAGCCCAAACCUGUAAAAGGCAAGGCAGAGGCCCACUUCUCCCUCGUCCAUUACGCCGGCACUGUGGACUACAACAUCACCGGCUGGUUGGAGAAGAACAAAGACCCUCUGAAUGAGUCUGUUGUGCAGCUGUACCAGAAAUCAUCCUUGAAGCUGCUUGCAAUGCUCUACGCAAAUUUUGCCGGUGCAGCAGACGAUUCAGCUGCUGGUGGUAGUGGUGGUGGCAAGAAAGGGGCAAAGAAGAAAGGUGCAUCUUUUCAAACCGUCUCAGCCCUCUUCAGAGAAAACCUGAACAAGCUGAUGUCCAACCUCAGAACAACACAUCCUCACUUUGUGCGCUGUUUGAUUCCUAAUGAAACCAAAACACCAGGUGUGAUGGAAAACCAUCUGGUCAUCCAUCAGUUGCGCUGCAAUGGUGUGCUGGAAGGUAUUAGAAUCUGCCGGAAGGGUUUUCCCAGCAGGAUUCUGUAUGGAGACUUCAAGCAGAGGUACAGAAUCCUGAAUGCCAGUGCUGUCCCUGAGGGCCAGUUUAUGGACAACAAAAAAGCUGCUGAGAAAUUGCUUAGCUCCAUUGAUGUGGACCACAAUCAGUAUAAGUUUGGACACACCAAGGUGUUCUUUAAAGCUGGACUCCUGGGUGUGCUGGAGGAAAUGCGAGAUGAGCGCUUGGCUCAGGCUGUCACCUGCAUUCAGGCUGUGUGUCGUGGGUACGUUGUGAGGAUGGAAUAUCAGAAGAUGAUAGCUCGAAGGGAGGCCAUCUACACCAUCCAAUACAACAUUCGUGCAUUCAUGAAUGUGAAACACUGGCCAUGGAUGAGGCUGUACUUCAAGAUCAAACCACUCCUGAAGAGUGCUGAGUCAGAGAAGGAGAUGGCCCAGAUGAAGGAAGAUUUCACUAAGUGCAAAGAGGACCUUUUCAAGUCUGAAAGCAAGAGAAAAGAACUGGAGGAGAAGUUGGUCUCAAUCAUUCAAGAGAAGAAUGAUCUUCUUCUUCAGGUUCAGGCUGAAUCUGAUAAUCUGAUGGAUGCUGAGGAGAGGUGUGAGGGACUGAUCAAGAGUAAAAUCCAGCUGGAGGCCAAACUGAAGGAGACAACAGAGAGGCUGGAGGAUGAAGAGGAGAUUAAUGCAGAGCUAACAUCUAAGAAAAGGAAACUGGAAGAUGAAUGCUCUGAGUUGAAAAAAGACAUUGAUGAUCUGGAGCUCACCUUGGCCAAAGUGGAGAAAGAGAAACAUGCCACUGAGAAUAAAGUCAAAAACCUCACUGAGGAGAUAAUUGCUCAGGAUGAGACCAUUGCUAAAUUGACUAAGGAGAAGAAAGCCCUUCAAGAAGCUCAUCAGCAAAUUCUAGAUGAUCUACAGGGAGAGGAAGACAAAGUCAACACUCUUACCAAAGCCAAGUCCAAGCUGGAGCAACACGUUGAUGAUCUUGAGGGAUCUCUUGAUCAAGAGAAGAAAGUUAGAAUGGAUCUUGAGAGAGCAAAAAGGAAACUUGAAGGAGAUCUGAAAUUAGCCCAGGAAUCCAUAAUGGACUUGGAGAAUGAGAAACAGCAGCUGGAUGAGAAACUAAAGAAAAAAGAUUUUGAGAUGACACAGCUGCAGAGUAAGGUUGAGGAUGAACAGGUUCUUGCAACUCAACUUCAGAAGAAAAUCAAGGAGCUCCAGGCUCGCACAGAGGAACUUGAGGAAGAGAUUGAAGCAGAGCGUGCUGCUCGGGCUAAGGUGGAAAAGCAGAGAUCUGAUCUCUCCAGGGAACUUGAGGAGAUCAGUGAAAGGCUCGAAGAAGCAGGUGGAGCCACUGCAGCUCAGAUUGAGAUGAAUAAAAAACGUGAAGCAGAAUUCCAGAAGCUUCGGCGUGAUUUGGAGGAGUCUUCUCUGCAACAUGACGCUACUUCAGCAGCGCUGCGUAAAAAGCACGCCGAUACUGUAUCAGAACUUGGAGAGCAAAUUGACAACCUUCAGAGGGUGAAGCAGAAACUCGAAAAGGAAAAAAGUGAAUUGAAACUGGAAGUAGAUGACCUGUCCAGCAACAUGGAGGCCAUAGCUAAAGCCAAGGUCAACCUUGAAAAGAUGUGCCGCUCUCUUGAAGACCAUCUCCAUGAGGUCAAGACCAAAGAGGAAGAAAACCAAAGACUCAUUAAUGAUCUCAGUGCCCAGAAGACCCGGCUGCAGACAGAAAAUAGUGAAAUGUCACGUCAACUGGAGGAGAAGGACUCUUUGAUGUCCCAGCUCACCAGAGGAAAACAAGCUUAUAUCCAACAAAUUGAAGAGCUGAAGAGACAGAACGAAGAGGAAGUCAAGGCUAAGAAUGCCCUGGCCCAUAGUCUACAGUCAGCGCGGCAUGACUGUGACCUGCUGAGGGAGCAGUUUGAGGAAGAGCAGGAAGCCAAGGCUGAACUUCAGCGCAGCAUGUCAAAGGUCAACAAUGAGGUGGCUCAGUGGAGAACCAAAUAUGAGACUGAUGCUAUCCAGCGUACUGAAGAACUUGAGGAAGCCAAGAAAAAGUUGGCCCAGCGCCUCCAGGAAGCAGAGGAAGCUGUUGAAGCUGCCAAUUCAAAGUGUUCUUCACUGGAGAAGACUAAGCAGAGACUGCAGGGAGAGGUGGAGGACCUGAUGACAGAUGUUGAGAGGGCCAACUCUGUUGCAGCUGCUCUAGACAAGAAACAGAGGAACUUUGAUAAAGUCCUGGCUGAGUGGAAACAAAAGUAUGAGGAGAGUCAAGCAGAACUUGAAGCCACAAUGAAGGAGGUUCGCUCGAUUGGCACUGAAAAUUUCAAGAUGAAGAAUGCUUAUGAAGAGGCUUUGGAGCAUCUCGAGACUCUUAAAAGAGAAAAUAAAAAUCUGCAGCAGGAAAUUUUGGAUCUGACAGAACAGCUUGGAGAGACUGGGAAAACCAUACAUGAGCUUGAAAAGUCAAAGAAACAGGCAGAACAAGAGAAAGCAGAGAUACACACAGCCUUAGAAGAGGCUGAGGCUUCUCUGGAGCAUGAAGAAUCCAAGAUCCUUCGUGUGCAGCUGGAACUCAACCAGGUGAAGAGUGAGAUAGAGAAAAAGCUUGCUGAGAAGGAUGAGGAAAUUGAACAGUUAAAGAGAAACAGUCAGAGAGUCAUUGACUCCAUGCAGAGCACUCUGGAUGCUGAGGUCAGGAGCAGGAACGAUGCUCUAAGAGUCAAGAAGAAGAUGGAGGGAGACCUCAAUGAGAUGGAGAUCCAGCUCAGUCAUGCCAACCGCCAAGCUGCUGAGGCUCAGAAGCAACUGAGGAACCUCCAAGCUCAGCUAAAGGAUAACCAGAUUCACCUUGAUGAUGCCUUGAGGCACACUGAAGACAUGAAAGAGCAGGUGGCCAUAGCUGAACGCAGGAGCAGCCUUUUACAGGCUGAGAUAGAGGAGAUCCGGACUGCUCUGGAGCAGACUGAGAGAGUUCGAAAAGUCGCUGAGCAGGAGCUGGCGGAUGCAAGUGAACGUGUGGGUCUCCUACACUCACAGAAUAAUAGCUUGAUAAAUAGUAAAAGGAAGCUGGAGGCUGACCUUGUUCAGAUUCAAGGAGAGAUGGAGGAUAGAAUUCAGGAAGCCAGAAAUGCUGAGGAGAAAGCUAAGAAGGCCAUUACAGAUGCUGCCAUGAUGGCUGAGGAGCUGAAGAAGGAGCAGGACACUUGUGCUCAUCUGGAGAGGAUGAAGAAGAAUCUUGAAGUCACAGUGAAGGACCUGCAGCAUCGUCUAGAUGAAGCUGAGAACCUUGCCAUGAAGGGAGGAAAGAAGCAACUUCAGAAACUGGACUCUCGAGUUCGAGAGCUGGAAAAUGAACUAGAAUUAGAGCAGAGACACAGCUCUGAUGCUGUGAAAGGUGUGCGCAAAUUUGAACGCAGGAUCAAAGAGCUCACCUAUCAGUCUGAGGAAGACAAGAAGACUAUGCUUAGACUGCAGGAGUUGGUUGACAAACUGCAACUGAAAGUCAAAGCUUACAAGAGGCAAGCAGAAGAAGCUGAGGAGCAAGCUAAUGGUUAUUUGGCCAAACUCAGAAAGGUACAGCAUGAAUUGGAGGAGGCUGAAGAGAGAGCAGACAUUGCUGAGUCUCAGGUCAGCAAGCUGAGAGCCAAGAGUCGAGACAUGGGAGCAAAGGUGAGAACCCAUACCUUGAUUAUCCACAUUUCAUGUUACUCUAGUCAUUAUAAUGAAAUAUGA